AUGGCCGUUCCUCGUCGUUCGAAUGCUCAAUCAAUGAGAAGAUUAAUGGAAAUGAAAAAGGAAAAAGAGAAAAAAGAAGAAGAAUAUGAGAAUCGAAUUCCAACUUUGGCUGAGAUGUGUUCGAGCUCUUUCGCGACAACUCUUUUUCGGAACAAAAUUCGCUGGAGAAAACUAACGGACUUGGCAUUUGAACUUCGCUACUUCUCCGAUGAAUUAAAACUUCCGAAACCGAUUCAAAAGAUUCUUCUGGAAUCAAUGGAAAACGUACUUGCUGAGGCUAAAAGAUGGGAUGCAAAACAUUUGGAGAUGUUCGUUGAACCAUCAAAAAGUCGACGCCGUGCACUUCCAAAAAGUGAACUUCUCCGUACUUUCUACUCUGAACUCAUUUGGAAACGUGAUAGAAAACAAGUUGGUGACCAUCCAGUUUAUGAUUUCUGGUUAACAAUGAUGGCGACCAUCAACAAAGAUCGAUUAUUUUUUGGAGCAACUCGACGUUUUCCAAAUCAAAAAGUUGCUCAAUGCUUCUUAUUUGCAAUUAAAAAUGGAUAUUAUCAACUGGUUGAGUAUAUUUGGAAUCAAUUAACAGAUGAACAUCGAGAAUUCCUCGGAAUGAUUGAAUGGAGGAAUAUGUGUUAUAGAGCAAGAGACGGACAAGCAAUCAGUUUCUUAUGCAAGCAUCUGUGUGAACUGAAUCCAGUUGGAACUUGUCUCAAUGCGUGGCAACCAUUUUUCGACUCAUUCCAACAUUUGAUUCAUGAUGAGAAGAGUGAUCAUCUGGAGAGAAAUCAGUACCGAAGAAAGUUCAUUUUUCUACUCAAACAUUGCUGCCAGACACUUCGAACUCGACUGGUUAAGCAUUCACAUUUCAGAUUGAUCUGUGACGCAUUCCGAUACAAUGAACAAGAGAUAUUCUCUCUUCUUCUAGAGAAUAUGAGUUCAGAAGAUAUUGCAUCAGCUCGUGAAUAUAUUGAUCGAAUCUUCGAUCGAAAUAAAACAAGAACUGGGGAUCGUCUCCGAAGAACUCUCAUCAGAAGACAACAAACUGUUCAAUAA